GUUUCUACGUCGUUAGUCCAAUACACCACAGGAAAAGCUGGCGACGAGGUAUUUUCCAUCAGCAACCCACGAGGAUAGCAAGAACAGGGAACCGAAGAACAAGUAAGGAAUAUGGAAACCCUUCUACCGGCGUUCCCCAAGUUCGAUCCACACACGGACGCGUCGUCACUCGCACAGCGUUGGACUAAAUGGCACGCCCAUUUCGAAAACUUCCUUUUGGCCGCCAACGUCACAGAUCCCACUAGAAAGCGUGCUAUGCUGCUUCAUUACGCCGGAGAGGAGGUGUACGACAUUUUUCAAACCCUCCCGGAUAUGCAAUCGGACUACGACACAGCUGUCGCACGUUUGAGAGCGCACUUCGCCCCUAAGAAAAAUACCGUGUACGAGAAACACGUAUUUCGCCAAGCAAAGCAAGAUACUGGAGAAACGCUGGACCAAUUUCAAGUCCGACUGAGAAGGCUUGCAGCAACAUGCGAAUUCGCGAAUAUUGACAAAGAGUUGGUAUCCCAAAUAAUCGAGGGAACUGCGUCACACAGAUUAGGCCGCGCCGCACUCCGUGAAACGGACAUCGCCCUAUACAAACUACUGGGAAUUGGCCGUAGCCUUGAGAUUGCAGAGCUACAGGCUUCCAACAUAGAAGGUCCUUCACAACAUCAGACAAUUCAAAAAAGUGGCAGGGAAGAAGCCCUGGCGAGGAGGCGCCACUCGCAAGGAGGCCCAACCCCAUGGGUCUCUCCUAUUGUCGUGGUGCCCAAGCCACACACGGAAGGCGCCGUGAGGAUCUGA